GCCACAUAAUUAGCUCUGCAGACAAUAUUACUACCCUUCAUAGUACUCACUUCGGUAACUUUGCAGUGCUAAUGGAUCAGAAGACUGUGUGGCCCCUAUCCCAGUACCCUGGGGAGUUCCUGCACCCUGUGGUCUAUGCAUGUACUGCAGUUAUGCUAUUGUGCCUCUUUGCUUCAAUUAUCACCUAUAUUGUGCAUCACAGCACAAUUCGAAUCAGCAGAAAAGGCUGGCACAUGCUUCUCAACUUCUGUUUCCAUACUGCUCUCACUUUUGCUGUUUUUGCUGGUGGAAUAAAUCGUGUAAAGUAUCCAAUUAUCUGUCAAGCGGCUGGUAUAAUACUGCAUUACUCUACAUUGGCAACUAUGCUGUGGAUUGGAGUGACUGCAAGGAACAUUUAUAAGCAAGUUACAAAAAAGCCUCUAACAUCUCAAAACAGUGACCAGCCUUCUUAUCCAAAACAGCCAUUGCUCAGGUUUUAUCUGAUUAGCGGGGGAGUUCCUUUUAUUAUUUGUGGAAUUACAGCAGCAACCAACAUAAACAAUUAUGGGAUAAAAAGCUAUGAUUCCUCAUAUUGUUGGAUGUCUUGGGAGCCAAGUCUUGGCGCAUUUUAUGGUCCAGUUGCAUUCAUAGUCCUGGUCACCUGCAUUUAUUUCCUCUGCACAUAUGUGCAAUUGAGACGUCACCCAGAACGCAAAUAUGAAUUAAAGGAAAGGACAGAAGAUCAGCAAAGGCUGGCAAGUCCAGAGGUUGGCCAUAGUCACAUUACUGACACUGGAUCAGUCUCCCAGGCUACAUGCUCAAUGAAUUCUUCUUCCUUGCUGGAAAAUGAACACUCAUUUAAAGCUCAGCUCCGAGCAGCUGCAUUCACCUUGUUCCUGUUUACCGCGACAUGGACCUUUGGUGCACUUGCGGUUUCUCAAGGACAUUUCUUGGAUAUGAUCUUUAGCUGCUUAUAUGGAGCAUUUUGUGUGACCUUGGGGCUUUUCAUCCUCAUCCAUCACUGUGCAAAGCGAGAUGAUGUGUGGCAUUGCUGGUGGUCCUGUUGCCCAUCUAGGAGAAACACUUACUCAGUGCAAGUUAAUGUCCGGCCAAAAGUUAAUGUCAAUGGGGAAAGUCAGAUUCAUGCUCCAUGUCUUCAGGAAUCACCCUGCCCUGGUAAACCUGCUGUUUUUAAUCAUCCAUCUGCUAGCCACUGCAAACUUACAAACCUCCAGGCUGUUCAAAAUCAUGUCAACUGCCUUUCACCAGUCACACCAUGCUGUGCAAAAAUGCACUGUGAUCAGCUUCUGGAAGAUGAAGCUCAUAUUCACAUUCACAAUGAGGGGACUUUCAGACCCAACAUGCACAUCCACAGAUGUCUGAAAAGCAGAACUAAGCCACGAUACUUCAGCCGACAUCGGUCUGCAGGCGAAAGAGAGUAUGCUUACCAUAUUCCUUCCAGUAUUGAUGGCAGCAUUCACAGCUCCCACACAGACAGUCCACACAGUACACACGACAGUCAGUCUGGCCACAGGCGGCCGUGCUGUGCAAAGAAUGACCCGUAUCCUACCAUUAGCCAGCCUGAAAGUAGCGAUGCAAGUACUGUGAUCUACAGUUGUGCUAAAGUUCCGGAAAGUGAGACAGUGCAUCAUGCAGCUCAUUUUGAGAUGCAUCCACGGACACAGUCCUUGCCAUUUAGCACAGCCAGCCACAAUGGGAUUCUAAAGGGGAACCUGCAUGAAGCCAUGAUCUACAGUUCAGAUAGUACAGGAAAUAUCAAAACUGGCCCUUGGAAGAAUGAAACUACUGUGUAGUUGGAAGUCCUUCUCCUUCUAAAGCUCAAACUAUCUUAGGCUGUGAUCUUAUACAUACUUACCUGGGAGUAAGUCCAGCUGAAUAUAAUAGGGCUUACUACUGCACAGAUAUGCUUAGGAGUGCACUGUUGUUCUUUGUUUUCCUUCUAAACUGAGCAAGAUUCUACAUAUUUGUGUAGCACAU